CUUGUGGAAAGCAACUUACCAUCAAAACAUCUUGAUUUCAAUCAUCUAUCACAAUGGAAGGACUUAACGCAUCGGAACAGCGCGAAUUCGCUUCCCGCAUGGAGCGGAAGCAGAUGAAGGAGUUUAUGACUAUGUACUCCAAGAUGGUCCAGCGCUGCUUCGAUGACUGUGUCAAUGACUUCACCACCAAGUCCCUCAUCAACCGCGAGGAGACUUGCAUCAUGCGCUGUGUUGACAAGAACCUCAAGAGCUCCGCCCGGUUGAACGAGCGCUUCCAGGAGCAGAACGCCGCAAUGAUGCAGAGUGGCUCUAUGGGAGGCAACUAAGGGUCUAUUUUGAUAAUAAGAAACAUAUUCUCGAUGACUAUUUUCCGUUUUGGCAACAUGCAUUCGAUGAAUUGGGUGAUUGGCGAGGCGGCUCGACCGACCCGGUUGUCUCCGACAGUGACUUUAUCUGGAGGCUGAGAGGGAUGACAUCGUGGUUCGAUGACCUAUUGGCGAGGAAGCAGACAGGAUCGGCUCCUUUCCGUGUACCAUAGUGACUAGCACGGGAGAUAUCUACCUCUCCUCUCCCGGGGCUCAAAAUACAAAAGACUUGACCAAAUCAACGAAAUGAGGUGUGACCGUGUAUGUUGAACGGGUUCGCAAAAUAGAGCUUAGCUUGGG